GGCUCCCUCGCGCAUCCUGUACGCCGUACGCAGAUGUACAGCACGUUAAAUGCCUCUUGACAACAUCACCAAUGUCCCCGUCACCUCGGUCUGAUGUAGUCCCGGCGCAGUCUCACAUUUGAGCAUCCGCACGCGGCCCAACUCCCACAUGCUCACUCUCAAAACACUCACCGUCUUUUCUCCAUAGGCCCCGGAACAAUAUGCCGCCCCGCCCCCUGCCUGCUCCGACUCCCGCUCCGCCACGCAUAUGGGGGAUACUCCACAGUAGCUCAGGUCAUCUACCACCCCGUUGGGCAUGUAUUACCAAAUUACAAGACGUGCGGUGUGCGCCAUAACCAUGCCGGCUUGCAGCUACUCCUAUGCCAGAGUCGACGGGGUUAGUGGAAUAAGCCUACAUUGUCCGGGCUGGACUCGCUCAUGUUCUGGCCGUUACUAGGGUUUCACACUCCGCUUCAUCCCCGGGCCUAUGCCAUCUCAGACCUCUCAGUUUGUCAAACCACAAAAGAGAGAUAUUGACCAGCUCAACGGACGUCUGAUGAUCAAAACCCAUCGGAAUUGUAACUCGAGACGCGGUAAGCUGCUCGGCGGCUUCCGCUGUUUGCUUUGCCCAAUGUGUGGUGCUGUGGCCCUUGACUCUUCCUGUGGCCGCUCUCGCACCACGUAUCUCAUAUUUCCUGAGAGCACACAGUUGACCGACGACCAUGGCCAGGAACAUGGAUUUCGGGCCGUACCGUUGGCAUUGGCGCUUGAGACGAAAGCAGCUCGGGUCCCCCCAGGAGUCCACGGGCGUCUACCUAACUUAUCUCCCUCACCGCCCCCCUCCCUUCCAGGCAAGCCAAGUGAUGCAGGACAAAUAGGCGGGAACGGGUAUGAGGAGACGUGUUCUAUUCCCGAGGUGAUAGGCGAGGUUUGGUUUGGAAACUAACAGAGUGUUCAUUCUCUCGUUGUCGUCGGCGUUGUCUCGCCCGAGUUUCGACCGAGGUCGUUGUGGGAGCACCGACUCCAACGAUAUUUGGAGACAGACAGACGACAGGACCGGUGAGAUGGAGGGCUGGGACGACUGUUCGGUGACGACACCGGUCCCCAUAUAUAUAGCUAUGUGCGACCAGUUAAUGGACCUGUAUAAGCGUACGACCACGUGGUGGAGAAGCUGCAACAGCCCCAAUGGAGACGGCAGGUGCAUUGAUGGGCGCCAGCUCCAUUCUGAUGCUAGAAGCUGAUCACCAUGAAACAGCUAACUAUCCCAAGGCUCGUGCGAGCUCAGCCUUGUAUGUGACGUGAUCAUGUCCGUUUUUGGAGUAUAUCACGAUCAGAAACCAGCCAUCCUUAUAACGUCUCUUAACUCUUAAUUAUUCUUGAGCUAGAAUUGAGGCUUUUCGAUUGAUAUGGUCUUUCGUUAUGUAAUACUUUGAAAAUGCUCUCUGGGUUUUAUUUAAUUCAUAUGGUUGGUCGAACACAUGUUUUUAUAUUUCCGGUAACU